CAGAAACUGAAGUGGGUCACAACUACAUACACGUCCAGACAACUUCUGACCCUGAAGGACGGUUAUAUCCUAAACACAUACGCCUCAGCUAUUGCGUUCUGUCCACGAAAGACCCAUUAUGAAGUAUGAUGACAUUCUGAAAGACCUUGGGGAGUUUGGAACCUACCAGAAGAGGCUGUAUGUCCUCCUCUGUAUUCCGAUGGUGUCCUUGGGAAUACAGAUCAUGAUAACCGUCUUCACACUCGGCGUCCCGGAUCACAGGUGUGCAGUUCCUGGUUUAGACAACGACACCUAUCCGAUACAAAGGGAGCAGCAUGCACGUGCAGUCAACGCCGCCAUUCCAAUAGCAGACAAAGGGACACAACUCUAUUCGUCAUGCCACGUAUAUGACGUCAUCAAUAACUCAAAGACGGGUGGCGAAGAAUACACCAACUCAACCCACACGUGUAACCGAUUGGUUUAUGAUGAAGAGACGUUUGGCUCGAACAUCGUGACAAGGUUUGACUGGGUGUGUGACGUGAAGAUGUACAAGUCCCACGUACAGAUGAUGUUUAUGCUUGGGUCCCUGGUGGGAUGUGCUGUUAUCGCUCCUCCGGCGGAUUUCAUUGGUAGAAAGAAGAUGUUUAUGGUGGGCGUCCUCUUUCACAUUGUGGCCUCCAUCUCCAUCUCAUUCGCCACAAGUUUUGCCGUCUUCGCCUUCCUAAUGUUCUUCAACGGCAUGUCGAGCACAGCGAUCUGGAUGAACGGCUUUGUUGUGGGUGUGGAGCUAGUUGGCCCUUCCAAGCGUCGAUGGGCAGGUAUCAUUGUUGAAUUCUUCUGGUCCUCGGGUUACUUUAUCGCCGUUGCCGCCGCCUACUUUAUCCGAGACUGGCAACAUCUACAACUCGUUGUGUCGGCACCAACAGUUCUUUUCCUAGCUUACUACUGGUUUAUUCCCGAAUCUCCCCGUUGGCUGAUCACCAAGAGGAAAUAUGAGAUGGCGGAGACAAUUUUACGCCAUGCUGCAAAAGUCAACAAAGUGACGUUGACCUCUGACCUGUUCAGUGGAAAUGUACUCGACAGUACAAAAUCAGAAUCUAUAUGGAAAAUAUUCACCAGCCUUACCCUGGUAGCACGAUGUGUAAUCGUUUUCCUCAACUGGCUUGUGUGUAGUCUCGGAUAUUACGGUCUAGGCCUCAAUGUGGCAAAUCUCGGUGGCAGCGUCUACAUCAACGGCCUGGUCGCGGGAGGAACGGAAUUCGUCUCCUACAUCGUCUGCAUUCUCCUUCUGGACCGCAUCGGCAGGAAGUCCCUACAUUGUGCGUCCAUGAUUCUUGGUGGCAUCUGCUGCACCGCCACAAUCCUGCCUGUCCUGUAUGGAUCUGGAGGUUUGACCUGGCUUACGAUAACUCUGGCACUAGUGGGUCGGGCUUUCGUAUCUGCAAGCUUUGCAGUCAUCUGGCUGUACUCAUCUGAGCUGUUCCCAACCGUCAUCAGGAACUCCGUAAUGGGUGUGGCCAAUAUAUGUGGCAGACUAGGUGGAGUCAUAUCACCAUAUAUCGCCAACCUGGCGAUGGUAAUUCCAGGUGACUUUGGACGAGCUGUUCCAUUGAUCAUUUUCGGGGUUUCGAUGGUUGGGGCUGGUCUUCUGGCCCUCCUCCUACCAGAGACGCUCAACAGAGAACUUCCAGAGUCCAUCGAAGAUGCUGAAAAGAUGAGGAGCACCAAACAAACGUCUGAUGCAAGCCAUGAUGCCUGUGUCCGUCCAGGAAACGAAGAGGAGACGUUUCAUCUCAGGGCGAUAUGUGAUAGCGACUCGGAUGUACCAUCAGCAUAGACAAGUGUAGUGCCAGCAUGCCAUUCGUCACUACUCUCAUUUCUGGAUCAUUUCUUCUACAUCAUUCCGUGAACAGAAAACCACAAGCUUGGUCAUCUAAUUGAAAUGUGAUUUGAUUUAAUUCGUUAUUCAAUAUUCAAUAAACAUUUCAUCUCA